GAUUUGUUUACUUUAUAGUUUUUUUUCUUCUUUUUCUGCCAUUAUUGCACAAAGGUUCGCUCAUUUGGUCAUUUGCAGCAUUCAAAUCUACUUUCGUCUCGAGCUAUUGCGAAAAAGUACAUCGAUCAAAGUAUACAAGGAAUGCAUCACUCUUCGACAUGGCUGGCAGAUUGUCCUCCGCCACAUCAGGCAAGGAAAUCCAUCGUUUUGUAACUGGCGAACAGAUAGAUUUUCUGCAAGGACAGUUCCGUUUGCGAAACAACCGUCUUACCCUGGUGGAAUUACGUGACCUGCUGUGUGAUAUCGGACUGCACUAUACCGAUGAAGAGUAUCGAACCUUGUGUCUACAGAUAAACACUGAUCACGAUGAGUAUUGCCAGUGGGACGAGUUUAUUAGCUAUCUUAUCCUCGGCUUCCAAGACGAUGAUCCCCUUGGAGUAAAGCAGUCUCUUGAUCCUCCUAUUUCUGGUGAGCUGUGCCUAAAGUUACGCCGCCAGGUCUACAAUAUAGUAAAGAUCGAUUUUUGUCCAAUGGUGUACUACGACGGCAGCAUAAGUUGGUCGCAAGGGCACUGGAUUACAACGUCUCGUGAAGGUGUUAUACAGUUUUGGACCGAAGACUGGAAACCGGAAAUGACCGUCAAAACGGUGCCUUCGAAUCUGAAACGAUCAAAAACGUGGGUUCUGGAAACUGCACCCCUUCCGGAUUUGAGUAUGUUCUGUGUGGCUGGAUUGGAAACGGAACUUCGCUUCUAUGAUGUCGUUGCGGCAUCCUUUACGUUGAAACUGGUGAUCGAACGACUUCCUCAUCCGAUUAGCGCAAUGGCGUAUAGCUUUAACCAUGCCGAACCUGGCAAGCUUAUCACGGGUGACUACGAUGGUCAUAUUCGUUUGUUUGUGUUCUAUCCCGAACGCAAAGCGACAUCAUCGAGUGAAACAUUCUCCACAAUCACGCGCAUUCCCUUGCAGGAUGUGCUAUGCGGAAAGUAUGGACCCAUGGAUUGUGUUGAUUAUGGACGCCUUCUUCCCGAUAUAGUACGAUCGAUACAGUUUCUUGACAGUAUGCGUUGCUUUAUUGCAUCCGCGGAAGAAAAUCCUCUAAUUUCUACCGGGGGACGAUCGCGAUCAGAACAACCAUGCGGUAUGAUCAUCCACUCAAUGGAACUUCCUGCUACAUUAGUGACGAAAUUUUUCAUUCCACGAGGCGUAACGUGUUUCGCAUUUGAACCCUCUAACGAACUGCUUGCUUCCGGUGGACCGGAUUGCGAUCUUCGUUUGUGGGAUAUACACCGACCAGAUAAACCAUCCGUUGUGCUGGUAGGGCACACAUCGAGUAUUACGUUUGUGUUCCUGCAAGAUGCUGGCGAGAAGUUAUACAGUCUUGACCAGAAGAAGAUCAUCAAAGUGUGGGACGUGCGCAAUCGGGUUCUGCUGCAAACGUUCAGCCAGUUUUCGACCGUGCUCGUUAAAGGUAUUCCGGCCUGUGCGUACUACAAUAUGCGUGAACGGGAGCUCGUUGUGGCCAGUAACAAACUAUUCGUAACGGCCUGCAGUCCAGAGAUUGCACUCGAUCGUACAGAUGGCGAUAGUCACACCAAAGCCGUAUCGGUGCUGCUGUUCAACGAUUUGUACCAACUGGUUGUUAGCUGUGGGUUCGAUAGUUUCAUCAUAGUUUGGGACCACCGGUUGAAUCGAAAGAUGACGAUCAUUACGGAAGCGCACACGCAGAUCCGCAAUGGAGUGCUUGAACCGGUAGAAAUCACGACAGCGUGUUUUGAUGGCAAGCACCAGAUGUUAUUGACCGGUGCGCGUAAUGGUUCGUUAAAAAUCUGGAACAUUAGUGGCCGGACGUGCAUGCGCACUAUACAGAUGGACGACGAUUGUGAAGUGACAGCCGUGUUUUGGCAAGCGAAUCGUAUCCUGGCAAUGGGUUGGAAUCAUCGGGUCGUAGAAUUUGCUGCAUUCACGGAGAAUGACGAGUAUCCGCGGGGACUGCAGUGGCGCAAACUGCACUCGGACGACAUUCUUUGUGCGGCGGUUAGUGGUUCAAUGCCUGGCGUGAUGGCCACUUCUAGUUACGCUGGGGAACUCGUCUUUUGGAUGUUGGAAACAGGACAACCUUACCGCCGCUACGAUGCAACUAAUCCACGAUCACACAUACCGAUCAUAUUUCGCGAUGUUCCGGAAUCAAAGCCACGCAAAUUGGCCCCAAGGCGAUCUAUGUUGGUAGUGGCUUCUGGCAACUUGGCGAUGCGACGUUUGUCCCGGAUCGUGAUGCCGUCAGGGUUAGAACAGAUGCGGCAACAUUCGAUGCAAUCGAUGCUGUUCCUUCCAAGCCGCCCGAUGUUGGCUGAGUAUGGAACAAUGCUCGGUUCGCUCGAUAAUGGCUUAGUGCAGGUGUGGUCUCAUCACGCCCAAGGAGGGUUCAAGGGACAGUUCAACGGUAUCCAUAUGGCAGGCGAUAGGAUAAUAACGAUGGCUACUGACAAAGCAAACAGAUUCCUUUUUACCGGUACUGCAUUGGGAUACGUUAAAACGUGGUACAUCGAAAAUUGCUGGAUACCCAACGAAGAUGCAUUCCAUGUGAACAAACCGGCGCUAAGAGUUCUGUUUCCAUUCCUACUUAACGAUGUUGUACCUGGUCGGGCUAAACGAUCGGCCAGAGAUCAACCAAAACCAUGGCUACUUAACUCCUACCAAGCGCAUCGAACCUGCAUCACCGGGCUGUUAUAUCUGGACGCCACCGGCCUGUUGUUGAGCUGUAGCAGUGAUCGCACUAUACGUUUGUGGACUCUUGGUGGACGAUACAUUGGUCUGCUGGGUAGCCCGAUCAACUGGGAACCAUUGGCAACUGAUUUACCUCCGCCAGAAGGGUACCGUUUCCGAAUUCCACCAGAUUUGCAGCGCGAGAUUCUGGUCUGCUGCUCACCCAUUGUGACGAACGGCCAACUGGAGAUGUUGAAGGUGUAUAAAGACAGUUAAUGGCAAAUGGCGAACCUGCACACCAGAGGAAAAAAUACGAACAGCAACUUCGAUAUAAAAAUAUGGUGGGACGUCCUUUUCCCGUUUCCACCCACAAGGAAAACCUGCCCGGGAGUCAAUAUCGCCUGUUGGCCGGCAAAAAGGUUGGUAAAAUUGAUUUCAGCUGGCAAUUUUCCUACAUAAAUUACACUCAUAAAUCAUGCACCUUAAACGCCGGCAUUCGAGCAGUUGUUGAAGUCGCGCAUACGCCCCAUCCUGAGCUGCCGUUUCGCAGCAUGUUCAGUACCUGUACAUAUGUGGUUUUCUUGCGUAGAGCGAAAGUCUUGCCGCUAGUUCGAAAUCUUGCAGGAGAUGGUUAGAGGUUGGUAGAAUUUUUGCUAAGCAAUAAAAAUUACCAUUACCAUAGAUCACUUCGGAACGGCCCCCUAGAUCACCACCCGAAGGAGUUCCACCACAUCGGGUACACAUACUCUUUUCCCGGUUCGGCAAACGGGAAGAGACAUUAGUGGCCUGUUCUGGAAACGAGUCCACAUCGUACACUUUGUCACACACAAGCUUCUUGAGGUUGCCCCCUUUUCGCUCACGUUUCAGUCGCUGGUAGCGAUGCUUCCAUCUUCGACAGAUCGAGUUCCACGACCCCGGCGAUCCGGUUGCAUCCACGCCGGAACAUGCCGACCAUGACGACGACGUCUGGGCGAAGAAUUCUGAAUCUGAAUGUGGUGAUAGCGUAAUGAACACCUACACAUGAUCAGGUUCACCCAGUGGGUUUACCUGUACACGGGAGAAGGAUCCGUUU